UCCAGACCGUGUGGAGUCACAGGUAAUGUGUUCCUCUUCAUCAUGCAAAUCAGAUACCCCAAGACACUAUUUUUUUGUGUGCUUGGAGCUUUGGGGAUUUUAAUGCUUUAUCUAUAUAUAGACUUAAACAAUUUUCCAAAAUUUCAAGAUUUUAGAAAAAAGUUCCAAGAAAGUGUUGAAAGUGAUGCGGAGGAAAAGCCUACUCAACCUGCAAAAGUCAACUCCUAUGUGUACUCAUGGCCCAAGUGUGAACGAAACAUGUCUGCAGUCAAUAUCUCAGGCUUUAGCAGUCUCCCAGAGCGCAUUCAAAACUUCCUCUACUAUCGCCACUGUAGGCACUUCCCCAUGCUCCUGGACAUUCCCGACAAAUGUGGAGGACCUGAAAAAUCAUCUGAAGUUUUUCUCUUGUUGGUGAUCAAAAGUUCACCUGGGAACUAUGAGCGGAGAGAGGUGCUGCGCAAAACAUGGGCCGAGGAGAGACAGCACGACGGUUUAUGGAUACGAAGGAUUUUUAUUUGUGGUACAGCAGGCGAGGAUCAGCAGAAAAAGAGGUUCAACAGGCUUCUUCAGGUGGAACAUAAGUUUUAUAGAGACAUCCUCCAGUGGGACUUUGCAGAUUCUUUCAUUAACCUUACUCUGAAGCAGAUUUUGUUUUUGGAGUGGGCAGAGAGAAACUGCCCCAACGUCCGCUUUCUAAUGAAUGGUGAUGAUGACGUUUUCGCCAACACAAACAACAUGGUUGAGUAUCUCCACGGCCUCCAGGACAAUGAUGGCAGCAAGCAUCUCUUUACAGGGAAUCUAAUGUAUGGAACAGGUCCCAUAAGGUCACCACCAGGAAGUAAGUAUUAUGUUCCAGUUCAGGUGGAAGAAUCAAACGUGUAUCCUCCUUACUGCAGUGGAGGGGGCUUCUUACUGUCCGGCUACACUGCUUCAGUUAUUUAUAACAUGUCCAAGUCCAUUGUACUGCUUCCGAUCGAUGAUGUUUAUAUGGGCAUGUGCCUGGCCAAAGCUGGUUUAGGCCUUGAGGCACACCCGUUAGUUAAGGUUUUCGGAUUCCACAUUCCCUCCAAAGAAGAUGCAUAUGACCCGUGUUUUUACAGACAUGUCCUGCUGGUGCACCAAUUUCCCCCCAUGCACAUGUUUCUCAUGUGGAACCAAGUAUUCAAUCCAAAUUUGAAGUGCAGUAACAGUUUCAAAAUACUGACAUGAUAAAUGGUCACAUUUAUAUAUCGCUUUUCCACUUAAUACUCAAUAGGGGAUGUAAAGCUUUCUGUGUUUUGAGUUUUCUGUUAAAUGAAGUUGCACUUUCAUUAACGGCUGUUUGAGCAAACAAUUCUCAGCACUCCAAAAAAUUUAAUGUUGAUCCUAGAUUAAAAUAGUUAGUAAUCUUUUGUACAAUUUAGUUAUAAUAAACUUUGAUUUUAAAUGUCCCAUCUUAUGCAAAAUUGAGACUUAAGCCAUGUUAAAAUGCUGUUACCUUCUCAAAAGCAUACCUGGAGUUUGCAUACGAUGUUCCGCAGUAUGGCAUUAAACAAAUAUAUCUUUUAUCUGUUCAGUUACGGGUGUUCUUAUUUCUCAAAACUAAAAGUGCAAGUAAAAACAUGCAUUAUUACUAUGAACAGGCCCGCCUCUCCACACAUCUGACCUUGAACUUGGCCCUGUGACGUGGCCUGCUUGCCUCCAUGGAGAUAUUUAAAUUAAAUGCCAUCCUGCAGAAUGUUCUGAAGGAAAUACAUUAACAUACAUGGAAUCAAGGUCCCUCUACCCUCUUCCAGAAAAGUUACACAGUGUACUUUAAAACAUGUUUCAGCUAGGUGUGUGUCAUACUAAAUGUUGUCCAAUUUGAAAAUGAAUAACUUUAAUUACUUUUUUGUUUGUUCUGGGUAUGCAAUGUUUACAAUGUUUUUAUAUGGAAAGUUGCUAUUUUUAUGGGAACAGUUAGAUCCUGGUUGAAUACAAUAAGAUUCGUGGUUACAAUUGUUAAGUAAGAAAUUAUAUAUGGCAAUAAAAGUGGUUUUGUGGA